CGGAAAUAAAUGCAACGUCAUAUAGAUUCUGAUUAAAUUUAAGUGUCAAAAAUAGAUAUUUAAGUGUGAAAGUUAUAACCUUGAGGUAAAGCCCUCUCAUGGUGUUAUCACGUUUAUCUUUCUGCGCAGUGGGCUUGAUUCUGUGGGUCACUUUUGUGGUGUGCCAGUCCUCCGAGGAGAUCUACCAGGCGCUGGCCAAGAGCCAUGCCAACGAAAACCUCAUUGUUUCGCCGCUCUCCAUAGAGGCAGCCCUCAGCAUGGUCUACAUGGGAGCGGGUGGAUUGACAGCCCAGGAAAUUCAGAGUGCUCUGAGACUGCCAUCCGGCGACAAACAGGAGGUGGCCAGCAGGUACAAGGCUCUCCUCGGCAGCCUACCGGGCCGAGAGGGGGGUCCCACAUUGAAGCUGGCGAACCGCAUCUACGUCAACGAUCAGUACACCUUGAGCCCGGGCUACAAUCAGGUUGUGCGAGAGGCUUUCCAGGCCGAAGCCGAGCUUAUCAGCCUGGCCAAUGGACCUGCAGCGGCCGCGGGGAUCAACCAGUGGGUGCUGGGCCAGACGGAUGGCAAGAUCAAGGACAUGAUUGAUCCCAGCAGCAUGACGACCGACGUGAUGGCGGUGCUGCUGAAUGCCAUCUACUUCAGGGGUCAGUGGGAGUCCGGGUUCGACCCGAAACAGACCAGGAGCUCUGACUUCCACGUGACCUCCGAUAAGAGCGUGGUCGUGCCGAUGAUGACGCAGUUGGGGAACUUUAGGACGAACUACUUCCGCGACCUGGAGGCCCGGGUGAUUGAGCUGCCGUACCGGAACUCCAACCUGUCUAUGUUUAUCUUUCUGCCCAACGAAGUGGGAGGCUUGAGUGCCCUGGAAGAGAAAAUCGUUGGCUUCUCGCGGCCGUUGAUGCCGAAGGAGGUGCUUGUGGUGUUGCCCAGGUUCAAGAUCGAGUUCCACGACGAGUUGAAGGAAACCCUGGAAAAGCUGGGUAUUCGAGAGCUUUUCUCGGACAGGGCUGAUCUGAGCGGAUUGUUUGCCGAUAAGUCUGCCGGAAAACUCAGCCAAGUCGCACACAAGGCCUACCUGGAGGUGAACGAGGAGGGUGCAGAGGCCGCGGCAGCCACUUCUGCAGUCAUCACAAAUCGCUCCGGAUUCAGCACGAGCUUCAUUGCGAAUCAUCCCUUUGCAUUUGUCAUUCGUGAUAAGGAUACUAUAUAUUUUCAGGGACGGGUUGUAAAUCCCUGAAGAAUUGUAAUACUCAUUAAAUUAAGUUCUGGAUAGAAAAUCUAACCAAAAACAAUUGCAUAAUAAUAAUAAUAAUUGCAAAAUUAUAAGGAUAUGUUCUUUGUAUAUAGUCAACAAAUUAAUAUUUCGAAACUUUAGUAGAUAAACAAAUAAU